AUGAAGGAUCUAAUCAGGCAAAGGGGAAGAGGUCAUAUAUCUCGCGAGUGUCCAAAAAACCGAGUGGUGCUCAUGGCCGAGGCUGGAGAUUACGAUUCACAAGAUGAGGCUGAUAUUGAAGGGGAUCUAGACGAUGAAUAUGGUUUAGGUGAGCUUGAACUACCACCGGAGAUCACCACUUUACUUGACUGGUUUAAAGAUGUGUUUCCUGAAGAAAUGCCUCAAGGAUUUCCACCAAUACGAGGCAUAAAACACCAAAUAGACUUCAUACCGGUAGCAGCUUUACCUAACAAACCGGCUUACCGAAUGAGCCCUGAGGAGUCUAAGGAAUUGGAAAGAGAAAACUGCCGAGCCAUCAACAACAUCACCAUCAAGUAUAGAUACCCGAUUCCGAGACUCAACAACAUGCUUGAUGAGCUUAGUGGAUCCACCUUGUUCUCAAAGAUCGAUCUCAAGAGUGGAUACUAUCAAGGCUUACAUGUUGAUGAAGAGAAGAUCAAAGUUAUCAAAGAAUGGCCGGUUCAAACAAACAUCAGUCAAGAAACAUGCACUUAUCGCAACUAUGGAAGCAAAAGUUAUGGUUUUGAGAUCAUCAAAGAUCUUUACAAAGAGGAUCCGGAGCUAGGAGAGAGCUUUGAGGAAUGUAGCAAGGGAACUUAUGGCAAGUUCUAUAUCUAUGAAGGAUUUAUGUUUCAAGACAAAAGACUUUGCAUACAACAAUGUUCUCUUAGGGAUGUCACUGUCAGAGAACCUCAUGGAGGAGGAUUGAUGGGUCACUUUGGAAUAGACAAGACACUUGCGGUGGUGAAAGAGCAAUUCUAUUGGCAUUCGUAG